AAUGUCUCUGGGUAUCUGAUCCUCUUGGCACACGUGUGCGCCACUUGAAGUCUGAGCAGCAGCUGUAGCAGUGUCACCACUCCUUCACAGAACAGCACAGUGUCUUCUCUCAACUAAUGUCUGGCCCGUUUCAUCAUUAACUGUGUGCGGAGGAACCACUGCUUUCAGAAAUGCAGGCGCCCCGGCAGCAUUAAGCACCAGGUGUGAAGGAGGAGGAUUAAGAGAGGAGCUGAGGCGCAUGCUUGCAUGACUGACGCCUGCGCUCAGAGCAGAGGAGCUUCAGCUUUGAACUGAAGGCAGCUGUUUCACCUCACAGCCAGUGAACACAUGGGGUUUGAAGUCAUGGCAGAGAAGCGGGUUUCUCGCUGGUACUUCGGUGGACUUGCCUCGUGUGCUGCCGCCUGCUGCACACAUCCACUGGACCUCAUUAAGGUUCACUUGCAGACGCAGCAGGAGGUGAAGAUGAGGAUGACGGGUAUGGCUCUGCGAGUGGUGCGGAGCGACGGUGUGCUCGCACUCUACAGUGGUCUCAGUGCCUCCAUGUGCCGCCAGCUGACAUACUCAAUGACCCGUUUUGCCAUUUAUGAGACAGUGCGAGACAAGGUGGCUGAUGGCAAGCAGGAGCCCAUGCCCUUCUACCAGAAAGUCUUACUGGCUUCAUUUGGAGGACUUACAGGGGGCUUCAUUGGGACUCCUGCAGACAUGGUGAAUGUUAGAAUGCAGAAUGAUGUGAAGUUGCCACCAGAGCUUAGGAGAAACUAUGCACAUGCUCUAGAUGGAGUCAUCCGUGUUUGGAGAGAAGAAGGAAUAAGAAAACUGUUCUCUGGAGCUUCAAUGGCCUCCAGCAGAGGUGCCCUGGUCAGUGUGGGGCAGCUCUCUUGCUAUGACCAAGCGAAGCAGCUGGUGUUGGGGACUGGCAUCUUCACUGACAAUAUUGCCACCCACUUCAUUGCCAGCUUUAUUGCAGGAGGCUGUGCCACUGUUCUGUGCCAGCCAAUGGAUGUGGUGAAGACCAGGCUGAUGAGCUCCAAGGGAGAGUAUGGGGGGGUGAUUCACUGCCUGAGGGACACUGCCAAACUUGGGCCCAAAGCCUUCUACAAGGGCCUUGUUCCAGCUGGGAUUCGCCUGAUCCCACACACUGUGCUAACUUUCAUCUUUCUGGAGCAGCUGCGCUUGUACUUUGGCAUCAGAGUCAUCACUUCAACGGCCUGAGGAGCAGCUGCGCUAAUGCAUGUCUCUCACUGAGGGAGACAGAAGAAAAGCCAUCAUGCAAAAAAGUAUCGAAUGAAGGUGUAAAAUAGACCCCAGUUUUCUCAGCAAACCGAGCUGUGCCACUAAUACAGUGCCAUGUUGUCGAACUGCCUUUUGCCUACAUACUUUAUGAAAUGUUCAAAAUAUUUUAGAAUUGUUAGAUUAAAAGAAAACUCGUGUUUUCCAGCCUUUUCUCUGCCACAUCUUUACGUAGGGUUGACUCCUGUGGUCACUAAUUGACCUGUUUUUGGAAAAAAUCAGCACACAGGUUGACUCAAGAUACAUUUAUGAUAGAAACAAAUGGCCAGAUGCUUCAGCUUCUAUUAGCUGUCUAUAAGAUGUUUUGAGUCAGAGGGUUUUCUGUUUGUUUACACUGGCAGAUAGAGAAGGUUAAAAUUGCUGGAUUUUUCCUUUAAUCCUGUCGUGUUCCUUGAGUGUUUUUUCUUGUUUGUUCUGCUGGCCCUAAUUUAAAAGCCAAAUGACUUUAUUUAAAGCCAUGUGGUUGACUAAAAAGCUCAGUCUUCAGAUCUUGUCUUCAAAAAUGAUAACUUGUUUGGCUUUUAGCUUUACAGAGGCCAAAAGAUAGCUAGACAGUUGCAUAUGCCAUACACAUGUACAGUCCUGUGAAAAAGUAUUUGCCUCCUCCUGAUUUUCUCUGUUUUUGCAUAUUUGUCAGCCUAAAUGGAUUCAGAUCCUCAUACUAAAUUACACAGAACUGAGUUUUAAAAGAUCAUUUCAUUUAUUGAGGAAAAAGAAACAACUUUGCAACCCUUUUUUUUACCCUUGUGAAAACGUAACUCUCUCACCUACUCUUUAAUAACUGUUGCCCGUUAUGGGAAGUUGCUCAUGCCCUGAAGUAGCAAAGCAUCCCCACACCAUCACACUACCACCGCCAUGUUUCACAGUUGUAUGUGGUUCUUAUUGUGGAAUGCUGGUUUAGCUUUACAACAGAUGCAAUGGGACCUCCACCUUCCAAAAUCUUCCACUUUUGACUCAUUGGUCCAGAGAACAUUAUUCAAAAGUGUUUGGGUGUUUUUGGGCAAAUGAGAGAUGAGCCAUUAUGUUCUUCUUGGACAGCAGUGGUUUUUGUUGUGCAACUUUCCUAUGGAUAUAAUUUUUGCACUUUUCUUUUUUUUAAAAGGUGGAAUCAUAAAUGCUGACUUGAGCAGAUCCUGCAGUUCCUUAAAUGUUCAUCUGGGUUGUUUUGUCAUUUCCUGAUGUUGAGCAAAGUUGUUACUCUGCUUUUGGGGAAAAAAAAUGGUAGGCCAACCAUUUCUAGGCAGAGUCACACCUGUUCCAGGUUUUCUCCAUUUGGAAAUGGUAGUAAUUACCUCAUUGUUAUUGCCUAGAAUCCCAAAGCCUUAGAAAUCGCAUUGUAACUCUUUUCAGACUGAUGUAUUGACUUUUUCUUAUCUCCUCUAGAAUGUCUUUUGAUCAUGGCAUAGUGUGCUGCUUGUUUAGAUUUGAUUUUUUGCCUAUUUAUUUGAUGUUUAACUUCAACAGGGCUUGCAGCAAUGGAACUUCGGUGUGUCUAGUUUAAUUGAUCCCAGUUAGCAACAAAAUGUUUAAUUGGUUGAUUGCACAACUAUGGGACCAUUACUUUUUAACACAGGGUUGGUGUUGGAUCGCUUUUUUCUUUGAAUAAAUGAAGUAAUCAUUUUGUGUUUACUCAAGUUUCUUAUAUUACAUUUGUUGGACUGAAACAAGUGUGGCAAAUAGGCAAACAGAGGAAAUCAGGAGGGGGCAAAAUACAUGGCACUGUAUAGUGUAAUCAGUGAGUCCAUAUAGCUUACCUGUUAUUUGGUGGUUUUCUGUGGUUAUAUAUCUUAUAUUCAUUUUACAGUAAUUGCCAUAGCCCUGGCCAAUGCCAAACUACCCAGACUACCAGCAGAGGGCAGUGCUGCACUGUGCAGUAGUGGGAGUGGCUAGAAAAGACAGUUUGAUAAUGGUCCCUAAUCUUAUCCAGACAAAGGGCUAGUGUAGGUCCAAACUUUUGUUCCAGUCUAUGAGCAACAUGCCUCAUUCAAAUACUUCCAAGGCUUGGUUGAUUACUAUCACCGCAGGUGUGCUACUCUUAGGUAAGAACAAAGCCCACACUGGUUCUCUGUUACUGUGUACACAACAGCAGUCGAACUUUGUAAUGUUUGAGUGACCUACUUUUGGCUUCAUUUGUUGUACUAUAAUAUCGCACGUCUGAUUAAAAGCAAGGCCUUCAGGGCUUUGAAGUUGCA